AAAAGGAAGCUCGUUUACGCGGAACCACAGCAUGUCUACGUUUUUUUGUGACUAAGAUUUUAGCCAAGUGUUUAGAAUGAUUUUCUAAUGCCUCGAUACGCAGCGUCGAACUCAAAGCAUUCCGUUUACAUUUUCGGAAUAAGCUAACCAGUUACCCACCUGGAAGUACUUUGUCGUAGGAACAACUUUUCUUUUCUAAUUCCAAACUGUCGUAUGGAAGGUUUAGGGGUACCUGCAAAAUCAAGGUAGCUACAGUAAUUGCUAACUAACGUUAGCUAGCUGAGCUACUCUAUUUGAUCUGAGCCACUAGUCUAUGACAAACAAUAGGCUACUCCAUGUACAGAUAAUUAAUGUAUUGCAAUCAAUGCGCCCUUGCAAGUGUCAUAUUUGCCGUCAAUACAUAGCUAGUUAGCAAGAUGAUUUGGCUACUUGGUGGUACUCACUAUUAGUUUAUGUUAUGUGUCAAGUCUCAUUGGAUCUAACAUUACUGCAGUGAGAUGCAAGUUAAGAUUGUCAGGUAGCCUGAGGCUAGGGUGGACUCCCUUGGUCAGUUGGUAUAGACCUAACAGUACACUUGGAAUCACUUGGAAUAUUUCCUCAGAAUGUUCACUGUUGUAAAAAGGCUUUAUAAAAAUCAAUUUGAUUUAUAUGCUUAAGGAGAUAGGCCUGGACAGCUACUUGGACAUUACUAGGUCUAACCUACUUGGACAUUACUAGGUCUAACCAAACUAUAUUUAAGUUGACCCUGGGUGUCACCCAGAUAGCUAGUUUAGUUGGUGUGAGAUGGAUGUAGAUAUCAAGCCAGAGGAGGAUGAGGUGGAGAUAUCCCCAGCUGUCAUUUUGUCUGACUCUUUUGAUGCAAGUUAUUUAUAUGCUGAAAAUGUAUAUGACACAGCAAAACAACGGCUUAUUUGUAAUCUGUUAGAAGAUACAAAAUCAAAUGAUAGGGAGAUUCAAAUUAAUUCAACAAAAGUUGGUGCUCCACUUCAAACAGCUGUAAAUGUGGGUGGUAAAGGUGUUGUUCGUGUUCACACAGAACAGGAUAGACCAAGCACCCCUGUAGGGAAUUUAAUCAAAGAGGAGUCAUGUUUUUACAUGUCACCCAGUGAUAUUCAGAUUGGAGAAGUAUGUACCUUGUCUCGGUCUGUCCUGGUCAGCAACAUUAAACAGGCAAAUGUGUUGCCCUUUGCAGAGGAAGGGGUGAAAAACUGCUACCCCUUGUGCAAAGAAAUAGGUGUGGAAUUUGAUGUGAGAUCCAAACCGGCAUCCAAAACAAAACUUGACUCACAGUUACUGACUAAUGGUGUAAUGUAUGAGGUUCAUAAGUUUGCAAAAAAUACAAAAAGGAGUUAUAUGUAUACCGUCUAUAAUAUUCUGAAAUAUAAUUUUGAUGUACGUUUUCAAAAUCAGAAACGCUGUCAAAAUGCCAUACAUAUUGCAUCUAAACUCAAACGAAUGGCCAAACGGAAACAUGUCGCAGAAAAAGACUUUUCAAAACAAGUGUUUAUAAUACCGCUUGUGACUAGACAAUACAAGAAAAAAGAAGCUAAUCCACCUGCAAGAUUGUCAAAAAGACAAUUGAAUUUGAAAGGGAUACAAGAGGCAGAUGAUACAGAGGAGAAGAUGAACUCCCAGAAGAUGGUUAACAAGACCGGUUUGAAAUAUCUGGUCGCUGAUGCAAGGACUGUAUGGUCUCUGCAUGCUGAAGAGAUCAUCUCUAUCGAAACAGAUGAAACUGUCAAGCUUGGCCAAGAUAAUGGACCCACUGACUUCUGCUUAAAGGAGUCUGACGUUCACUCUGAGGUCACAGAGCAAACCCCAUGCCCAGAGAACCACCAAGUUGACAUUUGCAGGAAAAUGAUAAAUGAAAUUGUUACGAGUGGUGAAAUGCAACAGAUGAGAUGGAUUUUUGUAACCUUUUCAAAGUGUUUUGGUGCUGGGACUGGUUCCGAAAAGAAAUUUGAACAAAUCCUCGCUGACUACAGAUCAGACAUCCUACCACUGAUGGUUGAGAAACAUUGUGGCUUUAGUUCCAUUGAAAAGACAAUGAUGUGCCUUGUAAAUCAGCUCUUCUGUGGCUUACAUUUGAUUGAUGGCUUUGCUCACCAGGCAAAAACAAGUCUUCUACUUUGGGAAAAUAUGAUUUUAGGAGAUAAAGAAGUAGGAGCCCAUAGCUCCCCUAACAUUAGGACAACAGAGUUGGAGUCUGGAACAGUGCGUUUGGUGAGUUCUGUGAGUAUUGCUGUGCAAGAGCUUGGAUGGGCAGAGGACGGUCAGCUUGUUCCGUUCGAAACCUUUUUGACCAGCAAAAAAGAAUUUGAUGAAGUUCCUUUGUCUCUAUCCAUUGGACAUAGAAUAGAUGGUCUGUUUCAUAAUUCUGCUGGGGUGUAUAGCAUCCAUGAUGAUUUGGUUGAGUUUACCAGUACGUACGGAGCUGAGAGUAGUUUGCUUGCGGCAGUUGUUGCUGAUUUGGAGGUUCAACAGUUCAAGGCCGGAUGCAGAGCUCUGGGUCUGGUUUCCAAGCUUAUCAUUGAUCCUCUCUGGAGGGCCUUAACUUUGAAGGGAAACGUGUUGGAGAUGGAAGAAAGAUACCAAACCCUUGUUACCAAACUCAAGGAAUGGCAGGAAGAUGGGAGAGGCCUUGUUAAAGGAAAUGCAUGCUUGUUUGAUGACAUUGAGGUACCCAAGAACCUUGUGUUUGAUAGGCUUACCAUGUGGACCGACACAGACUUUUUUGAGUUGACUGUUCAGAUUGUUGAGUUGAUCCUAGCCAGUUUUCUGAAGGUAUGUUCUAUGAUGCUUCCAGUCGAUCCAGAGCUCCUGUCAAAGAAAAAUGAUCGAUUCAGAAAGGAUUUGGCAAUAUUAGAUCAAUUGCAAAAAGCUAAGUCAAAUGCAGUCAGUAUUGCCAUUGAAGGCAUGGACAUGUGCAAGAAGAAUCAGACUUGGGAAUGGCUGUCCCUUUUGGAUGAACCAAAAAUAGUGUCAAUGAGGAAAACAUUCCAGACAGAGUAGGCAAAGGAAGAAGAAAAGCUCUCUGCCACACCUGCAGAAGAAUGAAAAUGGUAAAGUAAUAGACAUGUAAUCUCUUUUUUAAUUUUAUUUUAGUGGUUUGGUACUUAUCUACUUAAUAGUAAACCACAGUACAGAACCGUUUAAUAGCAUGGCAUCUUUCAAAAAAUGCAUGAAUGUGCUAUGUUUCUAGUGCCUUAGCUUUUGUGUUCAAAUAAACAGAAAUGCAACCUCAGAUGAGUUCAGACAAGUAGAUUAAAAGUAUAAUAUAGUUAGUUACAUUGUAUACCUAUUUUGUACUAUACUGUAUAGCCUAAAUAUGUUAAAACGUGGUGUCAGUAAAUGUUGAAUGUCAAAUAACGCUCAUCCAUUUGGUACCACAUGUGAAUGGUUCCACGUGCUUACCUGUUUUUAUAUGAUUUGAAAUCCAAUGUAGAGGUUUUUCACGAAGUGUGCUGUCAGGAAAAGUGUAGAGGCUUUGUCACAAUAGUUGAAUUUGCAGAUUCCCUUGGCCUUCUAUUCACUUUUGAUGCCUGGUCUUGUUUAUGAAAAAAAGAACAUGAUCAUUUUGAGAGGAGACCAGUUGUUAUUUCAGUGUUAUUAGCUUAUUUCUGGACCAUUUUUUUGUUUGACCUUUGAAUUGCCUACUUGAAUGGUCAACUUCAAGAUGGAGAGCAAGGCUCUGAAAGUUGUCUACUUUUCCAUUGUCAAAACGAGUCAUGCUUUGUUUUAUUUUAUUUUUAAAUACAUUUUUAAAUCAUAUUUUGGUAAUCUGUUUUUGAGAGCCUGUUUUAUCUCUAUAUUUUUGUUGGAGAUCAAGAUGUUUUCAUUAGGACAAAUGCACUGCAGUGCUUUUCUAUCUGCUGCAGCAUUCAAGGUUGCACAUUUCUGUAGACUUCAGGAAGAACAUGCUUUUAUAUACAAACAUCAAAUAAUUUGCAAAAGGCUGAGUUCCAGGUUUGUGAUGUCCACCAUGAGAGAUUCUCAUUAAAGUUGAACCAGUGACUUCACAGGCAGCAGAGUACUGGAACGAAAGGCGGCCGAAUGAGGUGUUGGCUUUAGGGAUGAUCAGUGAGAUACACCUGCUGGAGCGCGUGCUACGGAUGGGUGUUGCCAUCGUGACCAGUGAACUGAGAUAAGGCGGAGCUUUACCUAGCAUGGCCUUGUAGAUGACCUGGAGCCAGUGGGUCUGGCGACGAAUAUGUAGCGAGGGCCAGCCGACUAGAGCGUACAAGUCGCAGUGAGUCUCAGAUGGGGAGCUGGAUCUCUUGAAGACCAAGCUAGACUGGCAGGCCUGUGGAUAUCUUGUUCUGGGCUACUCAGAGGUGCUGCCAGAACUGGACCUCGGCACUAUCAAUUCACAGACCACCACCUACAGCCCCUCCAUACAAACCUGCACAUAGGACAAGUGCUGGGCCUCAGUCACAAUGUCAUCACUGAUGCUCUGACUGAAACUAGCCUACACCAACUGGUCUUUGCCAACUGUUCCACUAACCUGCCGUAUAGUGUGCAUUGGAGUGCUUGCCUGUGAUUGAGAAAGCGUGCGAUGUAGACUUGCGAACAGAACAUCCUUCCUGACACACAAGACAAGAGUUCUGAGGUCUUGUAAAGAGGGAUGAGAGGACUGCCAAUAGAUUAAACUGAUUCAUUACUUUGAUCAGUCCUACUUUCAACACUUCGUACUAAAAAUGUACUCUGAUUGCCCACUUAGGCUUGCAAUGGAUUUCAGUGGAGUUAAACAUGACACAUGCAGUGUCACUGUUUCUGGGCUACGAGAAGGGGUCGAUUUGGAAUUCAGCACUGUCCAUGGGUUGACCGACCUGAACCUUUUUUUUUCUUACAUGUUUUAUUUUUGUUUUUCACAGUACAGCUGGAAAUGUAAAGAUUGAAACAUAGUAGGGGCAUAGACCGAGGUGGGGCCCAAUCCCUGUUGCCAGGGGGCAUAUCUGGUACAGAGUCGGGGAGCUUAGACCACUACACUAGACUCCGUCACGACUGACCUGUACUUUUUACCAGAACAGAAAUACUAUGUUCAUCAUAUUCUCCUCACUGUAAAACUCAGAAUGGUUGUGAGGUCACAGGGAAAAGACUGAUCUGAGGGACCACAGACUCACAAAACAUUGUAGCUCACCUGACUGGAAAACACAGCUCUUGGUGGUGCCAAUGUCUGCCAUGAAACAAAAAUGAAAACACAACAGAAAAUUGCUCUCUACUUCCUACCACAAUCUUAUAUAUUACAUACUUAGAAUAUGAAUGUGAUUAUUCAUACACUCAUAUUAGGCCUAUUUCUCUUUGGUUGGGGUGUUCAAUGGUUAAGUGGACAAGCUACCACUAUGGCAUUUUGAUGUUAUGGCGUCAGCUCUGGCUGGCUGAGAAGACAAGUAAAUGGGCUAAUAGUUGGCAGGGCAAUUUUAGUUUUUCCAACUUUGUAUUACCGUAUCAAAUAAUUUAAUGAAGGUAGAAAAAUAACUUUAUAUCAGUGUUAUGCAUGUUGUUCAAGCGUGUAACUGCCCUCUCAUUCGCUAGAAUGGUCCCACCUGAUCUCGCCUCCUCCCGACUUCCUUCCAUCUUUGAAGACAUGUAUUUUCAUUGUUAGAGUGGCCACUUGAGUAUCUUAUCUAUAUAAUUGUCAUGACUGUCACUCCUUGGUGAUGAUCAAAGGUGCCGGAUCAGCUUGGCCAAUGGCUGACAGAUAGCCAAACUCUCUCUCUCCUGGGGUAGUUGGUCCGGUUUUAUGAUUUAACGACCGGUUUGUAAAUACCUGGCAGAAACUCUCCCUUUGGCUCUGCAGUAUUGAAUGUCUGAGUGUUACAGAGAGACUCUUGCUAAAAACUUUAACAUCCAAAGAUUUGACAUUGGAACAUUAGUUUUGAAAUCCAAACGCUUGGGAUGGUUGGUGGGUUUAUUAUUUUGUGAUAUCAUUAAGGAUGGUGUAACAUUGUAACUUUAAGAGCUUUCACAAUGUAUUGAUCAGAUUUGCAUCUAAAUGUUGUAUAAAAUAAAUGAUUAAGUAUAAGAAUACUGUUGUGAAGAUAAAAUAUGAUUUUAGCCUUUUAAAUGAGAAUUGUUUUUCAUAUAAACAUUUGCUAAGUCAGUAACCACGUCCACGUGAGCACAGACUUCAUGUCAGCAUGAUGGAACGCCCCUUUUUACCUAAGCAUAAAAGGACUCGUAAGGAAAUGUACAUUAGACCAAAACAUGCCGGGUUGCUGCCGGUGUGUAAAGUGGUCCUAGCUGUACCCUGAAUAAUCAACCAUUGAGACCAGUCUGCGUGCAGCGUGAGCUGAAUACGUUACCAAUGGUUAAAUCCCUAUAGUUGGGUAAUUUAAAGAAGUCUAUGUAGAAAAAAAGAAGAACAGUUCCCUAUCACCACUGUGAUACACCUCUGAUGGAUCCAUUCUAACGAACACUCCAGAACAAAAGAAGCCUACAACUAGAAAUUGUGACCUCUGGUGGGCCACCAGACUUACAUCGACCCACCACAUUGAACUAUCGAGUUCAACAGAGAGACGGCAGAGAAAGACAUCUACGCGUAAAUAUGUAUUGCAUUCCUUUUCUGAAUGAGUGGUUGUUAGGGUAUUAAAUAUCCAUAUUUACAGUGAGAGUGUUUUUCAACUGUAUGUUUGAUAAUUCCACUCUCUUUGUCUCUCCCGCUCCUUAUCUUUCCCCACCCCCUUUCCAUUGUGUAACAAGCCGUCAUAUCGGGUUAGUCCACUAGGGACUGUGUUUCAUUGCAUUAUGUUAGUAAAAAAUAAUCUACACUG